AUGGAGACGAUGGAUUUCGGUGUCUUUGAACAGCGCCUUGUCCCAGGGAGAUGGAGUCAUGGGAACCAACUUUUCACAUUCCGGGCGCGCUUCUGUUUUGCAGUCUCCGCUUUGGCACCGAUAUUCGUUUCUCGGCGGCACAAAGACAAAGCCAUCGAUGGACAGUCUCUGGACGGAGACGCGAACGAGGACGAGGACGAGAUCGAGCGGCAGGACGAGAAUCCUAAGACCUGGUAUCGGACACGAUCCGCCAACGACUGUCCGGACUUCGGAGCACUGAUAAGACCAUUCCGUAUCCGUCCGAGGAUCUGUUCAGGACAAGUAACGAACAUAAGUACCAGAUCCCCAAAAAUCAGACCCAUCCCCAAGGAAACGGGGAUAACAGAGGAGACACAAAGAACGGGAGGAGACCCACCCACGUGCAAGCAGGAGCACGCUACCUUUUCGCCCCCGAGUCGAUCCAGAAAAGCAAUCACCAUUCCUCUAUCAACGUACGACGCCGCUCCCCUUUUGCACUCUUACGACGACAGUCCGCAACGUUGGGACAUCACCAACGGGCACCAGGCAGGCGUCAUCAUAGAUCAGUUCCGGGGCGGUAAAGCGAUCACCAUUGAGGGAGGCACCAGCACCGGUGAUACGGCGAGCAUCGGCGGCGGCAGCGAUUUACGACUGGUAAUAACGGCCAAUCCCAGCGAGAUCGAGCGCAAUUACGAGCAGCCAACCAAUCGCGGUGGUGGCGGAGGCGGCGGCGUUAUCGGCGUCAGCUGCGGUGGCCAAACCCCACCGACACCCUCGGUCGGCAAAACCCUGCUAAACACCAGUCCCAAUCUCUUGCCGAUCACCACAGCGACCGAUACUUUCAAUAACCUCAAGAAUCUGGUUAAGAUCGACAAGGGCUCCUCGCCCUCGGCAUCGAAUCAGGGAGGCGGCAGCGGCAACUAUCGCAAGGGCUCCAACGGCUCUGGCUUUAAAAGCGGAGGCGGCGGUAACAACGGAACUCCACCGGCCUUGAGCAGCAGCGAGCAUCAGGGCGGCAGGAACGGCAGCCGAUCAUCUGGUGGACCGACCGGACACUUUUCAACUGGCUAUAGCAAGAAUUCCGCCAAAAUUCGCCAACACGACAGUGAGGUGAGCCCAAGACCUCGACGAUCUUACCAGGGUGACUCGUCGUCGUCGCGUUACUAUCCAAAGAAUAGUGACAUUUUGGGUCAAGGCAUCAACAGCGGCAACACCGACAGCUACAACGGCUCCUCCGGUAGAUACCAGCAGGACCAGCAAGGCGGAGCUCAUCGUGGUAGUCGCAACAACUAUCACUCCAACUCCGAUGGCAGCUAUAAUCGAUCAAUAAACUCAAACUCCUCUGGGGGUGGUGUUGGUUCUGGAGGACCUGGUUCAGUCGGCAGCUCUGGCGGCAGCAAUUAUCGCUCCGCCCGCAACUACGAGAACGGCAAUGGGAGCAACGGACCGCAGCCACGUUACGGCAGCGGCAACGGGAACGGCAACAGCAGUAAUACUAACUCCAAUUCCAACUCUUCGUCUGGCUUCAACGGAAACGCAACGAGCUCAGUCAGCAGCGGCAAGACAGCAUCUUCGUAUGGGGCUUCACGCGGCGGCAAUGAUGGAGGCGUGAGUGGCGGAUAUAGCAACAAUUACCGCGAUAGCUACGAGGACUCUCCAUCGCAUCAACGCUACAGCACCAACAACGGCCUUGAGCGGAACGGAGGCGGAGGAGGAUCAGGAGCGGGAUCGGGCGGUGGACCUCGCACUUACGGCAGGUCGGACUACGAUCGUGGAGCAGCGCCCAGUCGCACGCCAACUCAGCGCAACGGCAAUGCGUCGUCGGCUCAGAACUCGGGCUCCACUUCCAAUUCUUCGAACAUUUCUCUGAACUCAGCAUCAGCAGCAGCAGGAGGAGGAUCAGCUUCCCAUACCCAGCAGCAGCAGGUACACCAUCAACAGCAGCAGCACCAGGAACGAUCCCAGACGGGCAAGGCAACCACACCGCCGCCGAUAACAGGACGCUGGAUACCACCAUCGCUGCGUCCGCAGCAUGGACUCACACAAAGCGAGAAGAACGACGCCGUUUUCCGGCGCGUGAGGGGUAUCCUGAACAAGCUAACGCCCGAGAAGUUCCAAGAGCUGAGCGAUGAGCUACUGAAGCUUGACCUCAACUCUAUUGUUAUUCUGAACGGCGUGAUUCUGCUGAUUUUCGACAAGGCCUUGGACGAGCCAAAGUACUCGUCUAUGUACGCGCAGCUCUGCAAGCGUCUGUCCGAGGAAGCCCCGUCAUUCGACAAGGAACCAAACAACUCUUGCACCUUCCUACGCCUUCUGAUCGCCGUCUGUCGCGACAAGUUCAACAAUCGACUUAAGCGCGACGAGAACGACAACCGACCGCCGCCCGAAAAUGAGGCCGACGAGGAGGAGCGCCGCCAUUUGGCGAAGCAGCGCAUGCUCGGCAACGUCAAGUUUAUCGGCGAGCUCAACAAGCUCGACAUGCUGUCGAAGACCGUGUUGCAUCAGUGCAUCAUGGAGCUAUUGGACAAGAAGAAGAAGCGUACGGCCGGUGCGCAGGAAAUGUGCGAGGACAUGGAAUGCCUGGCUCAACUGCUCAAGACUUGCGGCAAGAAUCUGGAUUCAGAACAGGGCAAAGAGCUGAUGAACCAGUACUUCGAGACGCUUGAACGUCGAUCAAAAUCUUCUGAAUAUCCACCAAGGAUACGCUUCAUGCUGAAGGAUGUCAUCGAGCUGCGCCAGAAUCAUUGGGUGCCACGCAAGCUGGGCACAACUGACGGCCCCGUCCCAAUAAAGCAAAUACGCUCGGACGACGACUCGAUCAUUCGCACCCCGUUCCCCAAUCGCAACCGGGAUAUGCGUAACAAUGAUCGCGACUCUGAUAGCUGGAUGAAUCGAUUCCAUCUGAAUAUACAGCCCGGCGGCUACAAUGACAUGUUUAGCGGACUGAGUGUCACAGGAGCUUCUCCGAUUGUCUCGCCGUUCGCCACCAGCUCAAAUCGAGGAGACCGGGAUCGCGAUAGUCGCCAGUACAACAAUCGCGGCGAUCGCAACAACCGAGAUCGCGAUCAGGGUGGCGGUGGUGGAGCCAACUAUGGCAAUCGUUACAACAAGCACAACCAGAAUGGCGGUGGCAGCGGCGGAGGCGGUUCGGGAGGAGGCUCCUCGAACAACCGCGAUCGAGACGAUUCGCGCCGGAACAAUGAUCGCGACAGGGAUCGCAACGACGGACAAUAUGGGGGUAAUCAGCUGCUGGGUAGCAAGGAGUUGGCACCGAGGUUCAAGCGCAACUUGAUCACCACGAACCAGGAUGCGGUGGAGAACUUGCAAAUGCGCCCGGCAGCCAACUCCUUGCUCUUCCGAGCAGCCUCCCAGAAUCAGAAGUUCCCGGGCACGCUCCCCAUCUCGACGCCGCCCAAUGGCAGCAGCAGCAAUCAAGGCGGCAGCGGUGCUCAGGGCAAAGAUCAGGGUCAGCUCUCCAACUCGCACUACCCGAUGCUGGGCACGCCCACCUCCCAUCUGAUGAACCCGACUCGUCCAUCGUCGACCCCGUCCGCGGAGUACGCUGACAACCGGACACUGCUUGGAGUACAGCAGGAGAGGGGCCUUAAGUCGACCUCUUCGUCGCCGAACUUUGGCUCGGCAUCGGAAAAGUUAGGUGAGCAGACGACCGAAGGCCCGGCGGGCAGAAAGGCCUCACACGAUGGCAGGGACCAGAGCAAGAGUGGAUCCUUGGAAAGGCCCAGCACCCCGGCCGGAGGCUCAGGCACGGCUAAGCAGCAGCAGAAGAAGGACAAGGGCCCUAGUAAGGAGGAGCUGUCUAAGAAGGCCAGUCAGUACUUCAAAGAGAAGUUCUACUACGAAGAGGAAGACACAGAGGAUACAAAGGCCGAUGAAGAGGUGAAUGUGGCGGAGGACGAGGCAAAACCAGUUGAUGGCGAGGCUGCUCCAGCGGAUGUGACUGAAGCAGAAGAUGAUGCCGUCACUCCUUUGGGCACUCCAGAUAGAUUCGCUGAGCUUGUGGAUGGAUUCCUAGAGCUGAAGCUGCCCGAGAAGUCGCUGAAGGAUGUGUGCAUCAACCUGCUGAUGGACGUCUUGGACCGUAUGAACCAUGUCUACUCGGAUCGCGUUGUGCGCUUCUUGCAGGCUUUGCGGAAGCAGUCCAACAUCAAGCCCAACGUGUUGGUCGAGGUCUUCAAGCAGGUGGUCAACAAAAUGAAUGAGCGCGAGGCACUGAACCCACGUAUCACGACACUCGUGGCCAGCGUGCUGGCCAAGACUGUAUGCGAGCCAGCUCUGCUGAAGCUGAACGAUGUGGCCAACUACACGGACAACGGGCAGCACUAUCCGCUGUUUCUGCUUGUGCUGCAGCAGCUGUCCAAGAGCAUUGGCAAGGAUGCACUGGAGGAGAAGUUCCGAGCAAGUAAGGUGGAUCUAAUGAACAGCCUUCCAGAGACGGACCGUAACAAGGAGCGGCUAGCUGCUAUUCUAGAGGACCGUCAGCUGUCCUUCCUCUAUCCCCUGCUGAAGGUGCAGGCCGAGAUGCUAAAACAGUUGCAGGCCGAUCCCAAUCCCAACAACUUCUACAAGUGGAUCAAGGCCAAUGUCGACAACAAGUACUACAAGGACCCGGGCUUCAUCCAAGCCCUCAUGACCGUGGUGGUCAAGUACGUGACCAAGGAGACGUCGCUGGCCCCCAACCUGGACCCCAAGGAGCAUCCGGAGAAGGCGGUAACCCAGAAGGAGCAGCAGUUGCUUGAGACCUACAGCCAGAUGUUACAGACCUUCCUGGGCCAGAACGAGCUACAGCUGAUGGCUCUGUACGCCCUGCAGACGUUCUGCUAUAAUGAAAAUUUUCCAAAGGGCAUGCUGUGCCGUUGGUUCAAAUAUCUGUAUGAAUCUGAAAUUAUCGAGGAGGAGGCUUUCGUUUUGUGGAAAGAGGAGAUUUCCGACAAAUAUCCGGGCAAGGGAUCCGCUCUGUUCCAAGUGAACGCCUGGCUGACCUGGCUGCAGGAAGCCGAGUCCGAGGACGACGAGGAUUAGUGGGGAUCACCACCUGCCCCGCAUAACGACAGCGCUAUAUGUUUAUCACUUCCAAUAUAUUUAUUCACAAAUCGAUAAUCUAUAAUGAUUACAUGAUGAAAAAUAAGAAUAUUUAACAAAGCAAAACUUAAACAAAAGAUAAUAACGAGCAGGAUGAAAGUUUGAAAUCGCGACUUGCAAAUCUUAGUCAAAUUAUAGUAGAAGAAAAAAAAAAA